GAUUCUCCCAGGUCUAAAGCCAUGGGCCCAUUAACAUGGGGACUCAUGCUCAGUUGCCUGGGCUGUGGGAUUCUGCCCUUGACUUGGGCUCAGUUUCCUCGGGUCUGCAUGACAGUGGGCAGCCUGGCAUCCAAAGAGUGCUGUCCACCCCUGGGCGUGGAGCCAGCCAAUGUGUGUGGCUGGCAGGAGGGCCGGGGACAGUGUGGAGAGGUUGCAGCUGACUCCAGGCCCUGGAGUGGCCCUUAUGUCCUGCGGAACCGAGAUGACCGAGAGCAGUGGCCCAGGAAGUUUUUCCAGCGGACCUGCAGGUGCACAGGAAACUUUGCUGGCUAUAAUUGUGGAGACUGCAAGUUUGGUUGGACGGGCCCCAACUGUGAUCAGAAGAAACCACCGGUUGUCCGGAAAAAUAUCCACUCGCUGACUCCUCAGGAGAGGGAGCAGUUUCUGAGUGGCCUGGACCUCUCAAAGAAGACCACGCACCCUGACUACGUGAUCACCACCCAGCACUGGCUGGGCCUGCUCGGGCCCAAUGGAACCCAGCCGCAAAUUACUAACUGCAGCGUGUACGACUACUUUGUGUGGCUCCAUUAUUAUUCUGUCAGAGAUACGUUAUUAGGACCAGGGCGUCCAUUUAAGGCUAUUGAUUUCUCACACCAAGGACCUGCCUUCGUUACCUGGCACCGGUACCACCUGCUAUUGCUGGAAAGAGAUCUCCAGCGGCUGACUGGCAAUGAGUCCUUUGCUUUGCCCUACUGGAACUUCGCCACCGGGAGAAACGAGUGUGACGUGUGUACAGACCAGCUCUUCGGAGCAGCCAGGCAAGAUGACCCGAUGCUGAUUAGUCAGAACUCAAGGUUCUCCAGCUGGGAAAUCAUCUGUAACAGCUUGGAUGACUACAACAGCCGGGUCACCCUGUGUAAUGGAACCAAGGAAGGCUUGCUGAGAAGGAAUCAAAUGGGAAGAAACAAUGAGAAAUUGCCAACCUUAAAAGACAUACAAGAUUGUUUGGCCCUCAAUACGUUUGACUAUCCUCCUUUCUUCCGGAAUUCUAACUUCAGCUUCAGGAACGCCUUGGAAGGGUUUGAAAAAGCUGAUGGGACCCUGGACUCUCAAGUGACAAACCUUCAUAACUUGGUUCAUUCCUUUCUGAACGGGACAAACGCGUUGCCACAUUCUGCUGCCAAUGAUCCUGUUUUUGUGGUUCUUCAUUCAUUUACUGAUGCUAUUUUUGAUGAGUGGAUGAAAAGGUUUAAGCCUUCUGUUGAUGUUUGGCCUCAGGAGCUGGCACCCAUUGGUCAUAAUCGGAUGUUUAAUAUGGUGCCUUUCUUCCCACCGGUUACUAAUGAAGAACUCUUUCUAACUGCAGACCAACUGGGCUACACCUACGCCAUUGACCUGACAGUUAAAGGAACGGAAGAAACCGCAGGUUCGGCCACCGUCUUCUUGCUGGUUCUAGGCGUGCUGGCCGCGCUGGCUGGGGUCUUUGCGCUGCUGUUUACUCUGCAGCGCCGAAGACUUGGAGCAGGAUAUGCACCCCUGCUGGAGACGCCUGGAAGAAGCCGCGGGGCGCCUGGUUUUGCAUAGCUUUGAGCAAACCACAUCUCAGGAUUCUUCCUUCCUUGCGUUGGCUGGGUUGGCUCCUUCAAUUAUGGUGAUUUCAAUGACAAGCAUCUGAGUGAUCAUUUCUGGUUGGUUUGUUAGGAAGCUCUAGCUAGAGUGUAUGAGGCUAUUUCUAGCAUGAAAUAAAAAUAGAAGAUGAUAAUGUGUGAUAUAUGAUAAUACUUCCUCAUUGGGUUAAGCCUCUGUGUUUUGAGAAUACCAGACACUAAAUUCAUUUACAUUUGCAGUUCGGUGUAUUCUAAGAGCUCAGUAAGAUUGCGGUUCGAUCUCUCUUAGGCCAAAUGUCUCAUUAGGAAAGGGGGUGGCAGA